ACCAUUACUGUCACACUUUCAAGUCUUAAAUUCCUUUUCCCCACAGAGGAAAUGGUAUUGACAGAUGUCAUUUAUUGUUAAGUCUCUUCUGCAAACUAGAACAGGGUGAGGUUAAAACAGGUUGAAGAUACUAAUCAAGAUACAUUUUCUGGUCAGGAAAUAUGUUGCUCUGUCUCAAACAGGAAACUGUAUUACUUUCCUCCUCCCACCACCAUGAAACAUAGAAGCAAAAGCCUCAUCAACAAGAGACAUCGAAGACAUGGAUGCCUGAUCAGAAAGAAGACACCUUGCUGUCAAUCAUAUUUUGAGGUAAUUUGUGUUUCAGGAGUGGUUCUGCCAAUGGAUCUCACUGAGGAGGAGACAGCACCUCUAAUGGACAGGGAGAGGGGGGGCAGCCAAAUGUCUGGUUCUGGCUCUGGUUUACAAGUCCAUCUCUACUUCCUCCCUGCCACAAAGGCGGGAACAACGUUCAACAUAUCCUCUGGACAAAUCUCUGCUGAAAGGGUCUGUGUCCUGGCAGCAAAAAAAUGUGGAAUCCUACCAGUGUACCACAGCCUAUUUGCUUUGGCGUUUGAUGAUCUGUCCAACUUUUACCCCCCAACACAUGUUUUCAGCACUGAUGAAAUCAUUAGCAUUCACUACAGAGUCAGGUUUUUCUUUGCCAACUGGUUUGGAGAGGGGUCAAAAACAUCAUACCGCUACUGUCUGAGAAGAGGCAGAAUCAGUGCAGUGCUCGACUACUGUGUCAUUGAUUAUCUCUUUGCACAGUCCCGUAGUGACUUUGUGGCUGGCCAGGCGGGGGUCUCACCUCCCUUGAGCGUCCAGGAGGAGUGUCUUGGCCUGGCAGUGCUCGACCUAUGGCGAUUGGCUAAGGAACACAACCAGAGCGUAAGGGAGGUGUGCAAGAAUGUCAGUUACAAGUCAUGCCUUCCCGAGACACAUCGGCAGGAAAUCCAGCAACUGAGCCGGCUUGCGCGCUACAGAAUCCGUAACACUCUGAAACGGUUCCUGAAGAAGCUUGGCCGCUGCUCGGUGGGGGAACGCAGUCUAAAGCUGAAGUACCUGAUGGAGCUGGCAGGGGUGGAGCCUUCCCACGGCACUGAGACCUUUCAGGUGAACCACCCUGGCUCCCAGCUGCAGCAGAAGGAACCAACAUUCAACCUUAUGCGGGUCGCCGGGGAGAGCGGCAUACAAUUCAGUGGAAGUCACUGCCCUGCCGAUGUCCUGGAGUGGCAGACAUUUUGUGACUUCCCAGAGAUCAUCGACAUCAACAUCAAGAGGGCGUGCCACGAGCAGGUUCCCCAGGACAGCAGGGUGGUCACGAUCACCCGGCAGGACGACAGAUGCCUGGAGGCCGAGUUUCAAACAGUGACUGAGGCGCUUUCAUUUGUUUCACUUGUGGAUGGCUACUUCAGGCUGACUACAGACUCCAGUCACUAUUUCUGUCAAGACGUUGCACCUCCCAGCCUGCUUGAAGACAUUGAAAGCAACUGCCAUGGGCCAAUCACGUCUGAGUUUGCAGUGCACAAGCUGAAAAAAGUAGGCGCCAAAGAUGGCAGGUUUCUGCUAAGACGCAGCCCCAAAGACUAUGACAAGUUCUUUCUCACUGUCUGCGUUCAGACUCCUCUUGGGCUGGAUUACAAAGACUGUCUAAUUAUGAAGAAUGAACAAUUCAGUCUUUCGGGGGUCCACAAGUCCUUCCUCAGCUUGAGGGAACUCACUGACUUCUUCCAACAAAGCAAGCUGCUCCUGGCUGAGGUUCCUGUCAAGCUGGAAAGAUGUUGUCCACCUCGACCGAAAGAACUCUCAAACAUGGUCAUCAUCCGCGGUAGCAGCUCAGUAGAGACACAGGGGUCUCCGAUGCUGCAAAGGACCAAACCCAGUCACAUCCAGUUCCACAUGAUCAAGUACGAGGAUCUGCGAUGGUCUGAAAGCUUGGGACAGGGAUCCUUCACGCGAAUCUUCAAAGGCAGCAAGAUAGAUAUCCGUGAUGGGGAGAGACAUGUGACAGAUGUUCUGCUUAAGGAGCUGGAUGCAAACCACAAAAACUGCUGGGAGUCAUUCUUUGAAGCUGCCAGCUUGAUGAGCCAGAUUUCCCACAAGCACCUUCUCCUUGUCUAUGGGAUAAGUGUUCACAGAUCCAAGAACGUCAUGGUGCAGGAGUUUAUCAAGUGUGGGGCCCUUGACCUGUUCCUGAAGAGGGAAGGGUCAGUGUCGGUCAGCUGGAAACUUGACGUAGCCAAACAGCUGGCUAGUGCGCUCAAUUUCCUGGAAGAGAAAAACAUUACUCAUGGGAAUAUUUGUGCCAAAAAUCUGCUCUUGGCCAGAGAGGGGGACGCAUCCCAAGGAAGUUCUCCUUUCAUUAAGCUGAGUGACCCGGGCAUCAACUUGGCAAUGUUGGGCAGAGAUGUGAUGCUUGACAGGAUUCCAUGGGUAGCUCCGGAGGUGCUGGAGGCUCCAGAGAGGCUAGAGCUGGAGUGUGAUAAGUGGAGCUUCGGUGCCACGCUGUGGGAGCUAUUCAAUGGAGGACAGGCACCACUACAGGGCCUGGACCUCGAGAGGAAGCUGCAGUUUUACGAGACCUACAAGCAGUUACCCUCCUCAGAGUGGACCGAGCUGGCGGAUCUUAUCAGUCAGUGUAUGAACUACCAACCUGCAUUCAGGCCCUCCUGUCGAAGCAUCAUUCGCCAACUGAACAGUCUGAUAACGUCAGAUUACGUGAUACUCCAUGCUGCGGAGCCUCUCCCUGACAGGGACAGAGCAUUAGGCCCCUCCCACCAGCAGGACCAAUCAGUGUAUGAGGAGAGACACCUGCGCUAUAUCUCCCCUCUGGGGAAGGGGAACUUUGGGAGUGUUGAGCUGUGCCGAUAUGAUCCUCUGGGGGACAACACGGGCGAACUGAUUGCUGUGAAGAAACUACAGCCCAACAAGCAGUCAAACCUAGAAGACUUUCAAAAGGAAAUCAACACCAUUCGCUCCCUGCAUUGUGACUACAUUGUCAAAUACAGGGGCGUCUGCUACAGCAUGGGUCGACUCAGCAUGAGCUUGGUGAUGGAAUAUUUGCCCUAUGGCAGUCUGAUUGGAUACCUGGAGAAGAACCGGCAGCUCGUCAACAACAGGAGGAUGUUGCUUUUUGCCUCUCAAAUCUGUAAAGGAUUGGAGUACUUGCAGAGCAUGCGCUACGUGCACCGGGAUCUGGCUGCUAGGAACAUUCUGGUAGCAAGUGACACACUGGUCAAAAUAGCUGAUUUUGGCCUGACAAAGAUCAUUCCCUUUGACAAGGAGUACUACCGUGUGACACAUCCUGGUGAAAGCCCCAUUUUCUGGUAUGCCCCAGAGUCCAUCACAGAGUCCAAAUUCUCCCACAAGUCAGAUGUCUGGAGUUUUGGAGUCGUCCUUCAUGAGCUCUUCUCCUAUUGUGAGCACAACUGCAACCCAAAGAGGCUAUAUAUGCAGGAGAUUGGCAAUGACAUGCAGGGUCUCUCCAUUUCAAUGCAUCUGGUUGAUAUCCUGAAGGACAACUGGAGGUUGCCUGCUCCACCACUCUGUCCUCCCAGAAUUUAUAGUAUGAUGACGGCGUGUUGGGGAUACAGCGCUGAGGAACGGCCAACGUUCUCCACCCUUGGAGAUCAGAUUGAGACCAGCAUCCAAGAUGAGAGAGAAGGUUCAAAAGGAUGAAUAUAACUGAAGCCAACCCUAUUAGAGAAUGUUGCAUUCUAUCUUGAAAUAUACAUAUUCCUGUUACCAUAUUAGAACUUAUUGAUUACAUUACAUGUAUAAUAAAUGUACAGUUGAAGUCGGAAGUUUACAUACACCUUAGCCAAAUACAUUUAAACUCAGUUUUUCACAAUUCCUGACAUUUAAUAAUAAAAAUUCCCUGUCUUAGGUCAGUUAGGAUCACCACUUUCUCACUCAAUUAGUAUUUGGUAGCAUUGCCUUUAAAUUGUUUAACUUGGGUCAAACGUUUCAGAUAGCUGGUGUAACUGAGUCAGGUUUGUAGGCCUCCUUGCUCGCACACGCUUCUUCAGUUCUGUCCACAAAUUUUCUAUAGGAUUGAGGUCAGGGCCUUGUGAUGGCCACUCCAAUACCUUGACUUUGUUGUCCUUAAGCCAUUUUUUCCACAACUUUGGAAGUAUGCUUGGGGUCAUUGUCCAUUUGGAAGACCCAUUUGCGACCAAUCUUUAACUUCCUGACUGAUGUCUUGAGAUGUUGCUUCAAUGUAUCCACAUAAUUGUCCCUCCUCAUGAUGCCAUCUACUUUGUGAAGUGCAUCAGUCCCUCCUGCAGCAAAGCACCCCCACAACAUGAUGCUGCCACCCCCAUGCAUCACGGUUGGGAUUGUGUUGUUCGGCUUGCAAGCCUCCCCCUUUUUCCUCCAAACAUAACAAUGGUCAUUAUUUACAUUUACAUUUAAGUCAUUUAGCAGACGCUCUUAUCCAGUGCGACUUACAAUUAUGACCAAACAGUUCUAUUUUUGUUUCAUCAGACCAGAGGACAUUUCUCCAAAAAGUCAGAUCUUUGUCUCUAUGUGCAGUUGCAAACCGUAGUCUGGCUUUUUUAUGGCGGUUUGGAGCAGUGGCUUAUUCCUUGGUGAGCUGCCUUUCAGGUUAUGUCGAUAUAGGACUCAUUUUACUGUGGAUAUAGAUACUUUUGUACUUGUUGCCUCCAGCAUCUUCACACGGUCCUUUGCUGUUGUUCUGGGAUUGAUUUGCACUUUUCGCACCAAAUUACGUUCAUCUCUAGGAGACCGAACGCAUCUCCUUCCUGAGCGGUAUGACGGCUGCAUGGUCCCAUGGUGUUUAUACUUUAUACUUCUACUAUUGUUUAUACAGAUGAACGUGGUACCUUCAGGCGUUUGGAAAUUGCUCCCAAGAAUGAACCAGACUUGUGGAGGUCUACAAAUGUUUUUCUGAGGUCUUUGCUGAUUUCUUUUGAUUUUGAUGUCAAGUAAAGAGGCACUGAGUUUGAAGGUAUGCCUUGAAAUACAUCUUCAGGGACACCCCCCAAUUGACUCAAAUGAUGUCAAUUAGCCUGUCAGAAGCUUAUACAGCCAUGACAUCAUUUUCUGGACUUGCCAAAACUUCAGUUUGUUAACAAUAAAUGUGUGGAGUGGAUGAAAAAUGAGUUUUAAUGACUCCAACCUAAGUGUAUGUAAACUUCUGACUUCAACUGUAUAUGUUAGGAGUUAAUGAAAGGUGAAUAGGAACGUUGUGCAUGGAAAGUUACUGAUUGAGAGAAUGGGCAAACAUGUUAUUGCUGAAUAUUAAGUUCCUACGGAAAGAGCAACAGUUUAGUCUCAGUUCCUGAUAAGGCAGGCCAGUUUCCAAAAAAGUAGUACCAGGAAGCAUGUGGAACUCAACUCGAGUUACGGUUAACAGUUGAAGAGAGAAGGAACUUUGGCAGGACCAUGACAAUACCAGUAAGAGGAACAGACUGAAUUCUGGCCUAGCAACAUAGACAGAUUGCUUAUUUUAGACAUACAAGGAGGUGACUCGGCCUAGUCAGAAUGCAUACACACAUGUUUGAGUGACUUGUAUGUUGUGUUUGCAGCUGAAGCAUCCCGUGGGUUGAAUAUAUAUGCUUUUUCUAAUCAUCCGUGUGAGUUUUUCUCUGUUUGUUCACAACCUAAUAACGACUGGAAAGAAACCUUUUGAUAAUAAAUCAUGAUGUAAUCUUUAGAGUGUCUAAGCACACAAAUAAACAAUACUCUUAUAAGA